AUGAUAGGAGGAGUCACGUUUCGCGUUCGGAGGAACAUAAAUCGGCUGGUCUUUCAUCUUCAAGAGUCGGUAAUUAAGGGGGAAUAUAGGAUUCUAGGUAACCCUGGAGACACCGAAUGUGAAACUCUUACCUCUGCUGGCGCCUCUGUUGGCUCUUCAGUAGUCGUUGCUGGUGUCGUCGUCGUCGUCUCUUCUUCCUCAUCGUCGUUUGGAAGCACAGCUACAUCAGCAUCAGUUGGGGCAGCAGUUGUUGUUGUCGAAGUAGUGGAUACAUUCUCAUCAUCACUCAAAGAGCACCCAUUCAAAGAAAUCUCCUUGAUAUCAGAUCUAGAGAAGUCCAGGAGUUUUCCAUUGAGAGUAACGUCUCCAAUGCAUCCGACAAAUGACGGUGUCUCUCCAGAUUUUCCGAAGAAAGCGGAGAGGAAACUGGCGUCUGGAUUGGAGUCAUCGGCAUGCUUUCUGGUGACUUCAUUGGAGAAUGAGUCAUCAGCGUCGAUUCUGAUAAUCUGUUUGGUUUUUCUGAUGGAUACAUAA